UUUCGGUGGAUUACCAGAAGGUGGUGAAGCUGUUGAGGAUUUUGCGGUGGGGCUAGAUGCCGGAGAGAGUGAGGGAUUCUCAACUACUACCAUGGUAUGAUCAAACACUUUUUGAGGAUGAAAACAUAAACAAAAUGAUGGAGACUAAGGAACUUUUCGAGUGGGUCCUGAAGCAACCAUGUUUUGAGAAAACAUCCUUCAUGUUAUUCUUAAACAAGUUUGACAUAUUUGAGAAGAAGAUCCUGAAAGUUCCACUUAAUGUAUGUGAGAGGUUCAAAGAUUACCAACCGGUUUCAACAGGGAAACAAGAGAUUGAGCAUGCAUAUGAUGGUGGGAUAGGUACGAGGCAUUUGUCUAAAAAGGGAAACAAUUCGAUAAAGUGGCAACUUGAUAUUUGGAACAUUUGUUGCCUCAUUUACCUGCAAUAAAUGAUUUGUGUGCUGAAGGGUUUGAUGCAAACUUUGUUCUUAAAUUACCAGAAAAUCUGCAUGGGGCUGAAUGGUUUUCAAAAGCAACUGUUAAGAGGUUUCUAUCAAAUAAUGGUUCAUUUAAUUUUCCUUUGUGAAUUGUGUUUAUUUAUAGGAAAUCCUUACUAGCUCUAGUAUUAUUUUUCUUUAGGUUCCUUCACGUUGUUAGUUCACCGGAUUUGAUAAAUACCAUCAGUGGUAUCCUGGAUGAGAUGUCUCAGUUGGAGGAUUCAAAGAAAUUUCAUGUUUCUUUAUAUGGGAAGGUGAUACUCUGUCUUUCAAUAAAUAAAUACCGAUAUUGUAUGUGUGUAGUUUCUGAUUAAUAGUCGUAGUCGUAGUCACUUCAAUCUCUGAUAUUUGUUGUAAGCGUGCGUUUCUUAUGGGAAAAUGACUGUCGUUGUUUUAGAGCAUAUGAUAAGUAACUCAUUAGUCAAAUUGAUUUUGAUAUUCUCUCUCAUAGGAUGAAAUCACUUUUGCACUUGAUGGAGUUAUGUGUGUGUACCAUUUCAGUAUUCUCAUUUAUUUGUGGCGGUUUAAAACCGCCAGAAAUGUUGAAUGAAG